GUUGCGGCCGGAGGAAGGAAGGGAGGCGGAGCGGAGGAGGGAUGCCGGAGGCGGAGCAGGGCAGGCGGCUGCACGCGGAGCCUGGGGCCCCGGAGGAGACGCCGGCCGGCUGGGCGCUGGGUUGCUCUGACACCCCUCGGGCAGAGAGCUAGGCAGGCAUUCAAAGCAGGCGCUUUGCAAGAGAGGCAGCAGCAGCAGGAGCCUAGUCCAGGCAGAGCCCAAAAGUUGAGAGCCAAGUCCAGAGCCACUCCUCUUCCUCCUUCUCCUCUUUGGUGGUGGGGCUCCAGGAGGAGCAAAGCCAGGAGGCUUAUCUCUAGACAUAUCUCUUAGCUGCCUGGAGCCUAACUUGUGCUGCAUCAGCAGAUAUCCAGGAAGGAGUAAGCAGAGAAGAAGAGAAAGUAUCAGAUCCUGUGCAAUAGCAAAACCAACACUUGGGAAAAUUUACCUUUUUUUGGACUAGAGCUCUCUGGGUUGCCUUAGUUGUUUGGACGUUGCUGGAAGUUUUAGCUGAAUAAAAGAACUUUUCCAAACUCUGUGAGAGAGGUCGCCUUACCAUAAAAGAAAGGAUAGCCAUUGCUCAGAAACAUGGAUGUGGAUGAAGAUCAGAAAAUGGAUCCUGAAAGAACUUGGGAGAAUUUGAACAAUUCGGUAAUGGAUUUACAAGCAGCUGGCUCACCUGAAGCAUCUGAUUUCCCCCAUAUUCAUCCAAGAAUCUAUAUAGAUGAGUUUGACGCUCCUCCCAAUAAGCACUGUAAACAUGACCUUUUCCCUAGAUGGCAUUUACCAGCAAAGAUAGCCCUGGUAUUAUCUUUGUUAACCUUUAUGUACACUUGUCUAAGGGAUGUCAUCCAUCCCUUUGUAACUGCUCAAGAAAAUGUGUUUUAUAAAAUUCCAAUCCUGGUCAUCAACAAAGUCUUGCCUGUGGUUUCUAUUACCCUUUUGGCCUUGGUUUAUUUGCCGGGAAUAUUGGCUGCAGGUUUCCAAUUAUAUUAUAGAACAAAGUACAGACGUUUUCCACAAUGGCUGGAUAGAUGGAUGUUAUCCAGAAAACAGUUUGGACUUCUCAGCUUCUUCUUUGCCUCCAUGCAUGCCUGCUACAGUUUGUGCUAUCCAAUGAGGAGAUCUUACAGAUACAAACUCUUAAACUGGGCAUAUCAACAGGUGAAGCAGAAAAAGGAGAAUGCCUGGAUUGAACAUGAUGUCUGGAGAAUGGAAAUUUAUGUGUCUCUAGGAAUUCUGGGACUUGCUAUCAUGGCUGUGCUGGCAGUAUCUUCAAUUCCAUCUGUCAGCCACUCACUGACCUGGAGAGAGUUUCAUUACAUUCAGAGCAACAUGGGAUAUUUAGCACUGCUGCUAUGCACUGUUCAUGCCCUAAUAUUUGCUUGGAACAAAUGGGUUGACAUAGGCCAGUUUGUAUGGUAUACUCCCCCUACAUUUAUGAUAGCAGUUAUUCUUCCAAUUUUGGUUUUGGCUUGUAAAUGCGUCCUCCUUUUCCCAUGCCUCAGGGAAAGUCUACAGAAGAUAAGAUCUGGCUUUGGUGCUAACACAGUGACAAGUAGGACAGAGAUAGUUUCCAAACUGUAGAUUUAAGUGCUGCUGUACUUUGCUGCCAAUAUGCAUUUUUCCCAAGUCUUCGAAUAAACAAUGGCUGUACCUAAGGCUACAGUUCUGGGCUUAUAAACAUAGAAUCUAUCUGUUGAACUCAGUGAGACAUCCUUCUAUGUAUACAUGUUUAGGAUUCUGUUGCAUCAGAGCUUUGGAAGAGAUUGUUUCCAAAUACAGAGGUUAAAUUUAGCUACUGUGACUAAUGGUUGUUGUAAGAGUGGUCCAUUAAUUUUUUCCAAAGCCUGGAAAAGUUACCUAUUUGACACCCAUUGGUCAUGGUGGCUCAAAGACUCUUGGAGUUAUAGCCCCAAAAUAAUAAUUUACCCAAGCUUUGAAAUGUUUAGAAUCUCUCUUCUGCUCUUCUGAAUCCAUCUGAAUUAGUAACUGAGCACCAUGUUUUCUUGUUCUUGAGCUUUUAAUACAGUUUUACAUUUCUUAAAGUUAUGAUGUAAACUGAAUUGUCUAAAUAAGAAUAUAAAUACAAGUUGCUUUUAUGGUAUAUUUGUAGAAAACUUUAUUACCAUUUAAUGUAUUUAAAAUAAUAAAACCCUUUUUGCAUUUUU